AUGCCCGACGAGCCGGCACACAUCGCCCGCCACGUCCUCUGCGCCGAAAGCGACGAGGAGCGCGACGACUGGGUCGACGUGCUUGUGCGUGCCAUCGCCGAGCUCGACGGCGUGUCGUUGGACGACAUGCCCGCAUCGCCCACGCAAGCGAUGAGCCAGAUGUCCCUGUCGCAGCAGGCCACGACGCCAGGGCGCGAGGCUUUGGGGUCCAACGCCAGGUUCCCGGACUCGGCCUUCAGCCCGUCGGCUGACAAGGCUGGCAGGCAGUUUGGAGGCGACGCAGGCCAGGAUGGCAGCCGCAAUGUAGCGGCGCGCAUGAACAGCGUCGACUCGACCGCUACGGGCAAGCCGGUCGGCUCGACGCCUGGCUCGUCGCUGCCACAGUCGGCAUCGUACCGCAGCUUCAACGAGCCGCGCUCGCCCGUGAGCUCGAGAGGCGCUGACCUGUACGAUGCCCCUGGCUCGCCCGGUCCGCGCAACGAGCCGCUCAACCGCGGCAAGACGUCGAUCAGCGGGCCGCUCAACGGCGCGCCCAUCCCAGCCGGCUACAAGUUUGGCGCCAAAGACGACAUGGGACCGGACAGCAAGAAGGACGACAAGAAGCGCUUCUGGCAGGGCUUCCGCGCCUUUGGCGGCAGCGACAAGCACAACCGCGAGCCCCGACCCGUGUUUGGCGUGCCGCUCGCCGAGUCGAUUGCGAUCUCGAGCAUCCACGAGGGCCUGGCCCUGCCCUCGGUGGUGUACCGCUGCAUCGAGUACCUCGAGAAGCGCAACGCCUUUAUGGAGGAGGGCAUCUAUCGGCUCUCGGGCUCGUCGGCGGUGAUCAAGAACCUCAAGGACCGCUUCAACAUGGAGGGCGAUGUGGACCUGCUGACCGAGAACCAGUACUACGAUCCGCAUGCCAUCGCCGGCUUGCUCAAGACCUUCCUGCGCGAGCUGCCGACGAGCGUGCUGACGCGCGAGCUGCAUAUGGACUUUAUGCGUAUCAACGAGCUGCAGGACCGCGUCGAGCGCGUCAACGAGCUCGGCAGGCUGGUGUCGCAGCUGCCGCUGGCCAACUACUCGUUGCUCCGGACGCUCUGCAGCCACCUGAUCAAGAUCAUCGAGCACUCGGACGUCAACAAGAUGACGAUGCGCAACGUCGGCAUCGUGUUUAGCCCGACGCUGGCGAUCGGAGCGGGCAUCUUUGCGCUCUUCUUGACCGAGUUCGACAGCGUCUUUGAGACGGAUGCCAACGGCGAGCCGGCUCCGAGGAGGAUCGGCGAGGAGCAAGUGGAGGGGCAGCAGCAGGACGCGGAGCAGCAUGCAGGACAGGUGCACGACGAGACGAGCGCGAGGAGCAAGAGGAAUAGCGUUCAGUACCGCGAGAGCCAGGCGGACAAGCUGCUCGGCUUGGAGGGGAGGAGCCUCAGCCACCAGGCUGUGGACGAGGACAUGGAGGGAAUCGGCGAGGAAGCGUGGGCGGAACAGCGCCGUGCAUCGGAGCCAGCGGAGAACGGACAGAUGCAGUACGAACAGGCGCCGCAGACCUACGGCCACCACCACGGCGGCGAGAUGCAUGGCCAGCACAACGCUCCGUCGGCCAUCAUGAGCUAA